AUGUCUUUGGGCCGCUCAGCGAGUUCUUCAGCAAGUGCCAAGGAACAUGCCCAGGAGAGUAAAAGGGCUGCCAGCGAGAGUGAGAGAGAUGGCCAGUGGCCAGAGAGUUUGAAGGAGUUUGUGGCCAAGUGUUUUAAGGAGGUUCAUCCAGAGGAUAAAGAGGUGAUGGAGUCGCAGUUGAAACAGAUUAUUACAAAGGCGUUUGAGACGAAGACGACGUGGACUAUUGACUGGAAGUCCAUGUGGGUGCCGGUUAUGCUGGAGAGACGGCAUAAAGAGCAGGAGCUGAAUAAUAGUAAGAGAGCAGCUUUGGAUGCGAAAAGCAAAGUCGGCGGUAUCAAGAAAAAGAAGAAAAUCGACGGAAAAAUUGCGGAAAGCGGCGGGUUUGCCGGCCGGGCCGCUGCCAGUGCAGAGUAUAGUGGAUAUAAGAGGGAUUCUUUUGGCCAGGCAUCCAAUAACGACGUCUUAGGUGCUUAUAGUAACAGUAACAGCAGCAGCAACUACGGUAAUGGGUAUAGUGACGAUUUUGCGAGUAAUGAACGACGGGAGAAACGACUACGACGGUUUGAACGAGAAGCGAGAAUGUCGCCCACUCCCCCGUCAACGGCACCAGCAAUGACAGCAGCAGCAACAGGCGCAAUACCGUCGAUAGAUCUUGAACGACCAGUGGUAGGACGAGCAACGAAUUUAGAAAAAAAGUAUUUCCGACUGACAUCGGCGCCAGACCCGGAUCAGGUGCGGCCGUUGAAUAUUCUGAAGCAGACGUUAGAACUUUUGAAAGAUAAAUGGCGCAAGGAACAGAACUACCCGUACAUUUGUGACCAGUUCAAAUCGCUGCGGCAGGAUUUGACGAUCCAGCACAUUGAGAACGAGUUCACGGUGUCCGUGUACGAGAUCCACGCUAGAAUCGCUCUAGAAAAGGGAGAUUUGGGAGAGUAUAACCAGUGUCAGAGCAGGUUAAAGGAGCUGUAUGACAAGCAUAUUCGAGGCAAUGCCAACGAGUUUCUUGCCUACAGGAUCCUAUAUCUGUUACAUACACACAACCGAGCUGAGAUCGGUCAUUUGCUGCGAGAACUGAGUGGUAAUGAGCCUGCACUGAAAGACGCGGGUGUGGCACAUGCGCUGUUGGUCGAUAAAGCCAUGACUCGUAAGAACUACCACCAGCUGUUCCGGUUGUACACAGAAGCGCCUAAAAUGGGUGGAUACGUGAUGGACUCGUUCAUCCCGCGAGAACGACUUUCGGCCCUGGCUGCUAUGUGUACCGCGUACCGGCCGGACCUGUCACUCGAGUUCAUAUCGCACGAGCUGGCUUUCGACGAGAUCCAGCAGUGUCUGGAGUUCCUCGACCAGCACGGGCUGUUGGACCACGUCAAAAAAGACCCGCUCAAACUCAACACCAAAGACGCAUACGCCAAAAUCGAGACGGCGCGCCAAUCCGCGUACAAAAAGGUCGACAUCAAGGGCCAGAUCUAA